CGUAAUUGAAGUUCCUGCUAUGCAGUGCAAUGUGGAAGGAAACAUUUACUCUAAUUUUAAUCGAUUUUAGCAUCUUCUAGAUGUACAUAUCUUUUGUAAUCGAUAUUUUUCAAGUUAAUUAUAUCAUUUGUAAGUAAACAAACCAAUAAAAUUAAAUGACAAUCCUUGAAAUGGACGGAGUGGAGCCCGGGAUCAUGGAUUACGUUCACCUACAAGGUGUCCAGAUAAUUCAUCAAAUCCAACACACAUUCCGGCACCAUGUGGACCUGAUGCAGAUGUUGACUCGAGUAGGAGAUCCCAGAUACGCAUUUCUGAUCUACUUCCCCCUGGCUUACUGUUUCCACAGAUCGAGUGGAACCAGAGUGCUGUGGAUUGCCUGUUUAUCUGAAUGGCUGAAUGGAAUAUUAAAAUGGAUUUUACAUGGAGAGCGACCGUAUUGGUGGGUUAAGGAAGUCAAACUUCAUGAUCAUGUUCUGAGCAUUCCUUCCCUGGAACAGUACAGCCUUACUUGUGAAACUGGACCAGGGAGUCCAUCAGGGCAUGCUAUGGUCACAUCUGCUGUGCUGUACUCCAUAGGGACAUCUUUUAUCAAACAUGGACUUAAGCAGACAAGACCAUUAGAGCGAGCACUGGUCUGGAUCUCCUUUGUUGUGGUUCUUGUAGCUGUCAACGUAUCCAGGCUAUUUAUAGCCACACACUUUCCACAUCAGGUGGUGGCGGGAUCAUUGACAGGUAUAUUACUAGCAGAGGUUGUUAAACACGAACAUACCUCUAACCUCACCAUUAAGCACUACGUAUUCUGGGGUCUAUUUUUAACCACAGGUGUGUUCCUCACCUAUUAUGCCAUCUCUGUUCUUGGUCUGGACCCUCUGUGGAGCCUCACUUACGCCAAAAAAUGGUGUGCUAACUCAGACUGGGUCCAUCCAGAUACCACUCCAUUCUUUGCCUUUGUACGAGAUGUGUCCUCUCUAAUGGGUUUUGGAGUAGGCAUUUUACUACAAAACAGGAAAAAGAUGGCAGUAGAGGUAGGAAUGGGACAAAAACUUAUUCAUGUCAUACUGUCUCUAAUAUGGACAUUAUCCAUUGAGAACUUAAAGUUCUCAACAUCGACUUUACUUUUCUACGCAGUUGGAUUUUUUAAAUUCAGUAUAAUGAUGAUUGGAGUGGUGUAUGUUAUACCAUGGAUUGUUUUUAAAAAUAAAAUCAAGGAAAAGUAUUAGUGCUUUAUAAAGAAA